UAAUUGAGGAGCCACCUCUCAGACGAGCCCCUCUUUUUCUCCCCGAAACUUGGGCUUUGCCCAGUUCACGAAAUCUCUCUCUCUCUCUCUAGUCUCUACUCCUCUGCUCCUGCUCCUGCUCCUGCUCCUGCUCCUGCUGUGUGUCUCUCUUCUCUUCAAGGGAAGCGUCUUCAGAGCUUUAAUGGUGGAUUCUUGAAACGUAAAUUAAAGACUCUGAGACCGAAAGGGUCGUUAUAACACUGGCUAUCUGGCUAUGGACUGCUUCACAAGCCUUCUUUGCACCGAAGAUUACACACUCAUCGAUGUAGACGAUGAGGUCGAAGAAGAAUGCCAAAGUGAUCCUCAACGGAAGCUGCAGCAGCUUUUUCUUGGUGAUUCUUGGGCCGAUUAUACGAUAGUUUCAAAGCUUCUUCAGAAAGAACGGGAAAUGAUGCCCAGAGAUGAUUAUUUGGCGAGGCUUCAAUCCGGAGGCCUCGAUGUCUCCGCUCGUAAUGACUCAGUUGAUUGGAUUUACAAGGUUUAUCGCCAUUAUAGCUUCGAGCCAUUGACUGCUUGUUUAGCCGUUAAUUACAUGGAUCGGUUCUUAUCUGAGUAUGAGCUUCUGCGUGGGAGUAACGAUUGUAACAAUAAGGAGUCAUGGACGUACCAGCUGUUGUCUGUGUCUUGCUUGUCUGUGGCAGCAAAAAUGGAAGAAAUCAAUGUUCCAAUGUCUGGAGAUUUACAGGUGAUAGAAGGAAACCUGAUCUUCGAACCAAAAACGAUUCAGAAAAUGGAGCUUCUCCUACUAUCAGUAUUGAAGUGGAGGACUAAUGCAGUUACCCCUUUCUCCUUCAUCGAUUAUUUCUUGCAGAGAUUCAUAAACCCAGAAAGCCAAGACCCCAAAUCUGUUGUUCCUCGAUCCGUCGAGCUAAUUCUAACAACAACCAAAGGCGUCGAAUUCCUUGAAUUUCGUCCAUCAGAGAUCGCAUUAGCUGUCGCAAUCUCUAUAGCUGGAGAAACCCAAAUCAUCGAUUUGAGCAAUGCCAUUGACUCCUGUUCUUCCGUUGACUUAAACCAGGAGAGAGUCUUGAAGUGCUAUGAACUGGUUCAAGAGGUCAUGAAUUCGAGGACUACCAAUCCGCCAUUGAGCCCAGUUGGAGUACUUGAUGCAGCAACUCCUUUGAGCUACGAUAGCAACAACAGCAGCAGUAAUGGAACAACAGGUGAUGGGCUUCCUUCAUAUCUGUCUCUGCUUUCGUCUAUGCUGGUGAGUCUGUAAAUGUUUCAUCUCCGAAAGAGAAGAAGAAGAAGAAGAAGAAGAAGAAGAAGAAGAAGAAGACUUUGACUUUUGAAGAGAAUUCUAAAAGAACGAAGAAAACAAAAAGGGGGAGGAAGGAUAGAAAAACUCAUAAAAAGGAUAGAGAGACAGAGAGAGAUGGGGAAGAGGUUUAAUCUUUGGUAAGGCUGGCUGGUGCCCAUCUUCCCUUCCUUUUUAUCCUUUUUCGUUUUUUUGGCUAUUAAUUAGGCUUAAGCUUUAACCCUUUCUUAUAUAGAUAAUCAAAUUAUGAAAAUACUAAAUUAUUUUGAGGGUAAUAUUGUCAUUGACAGAGAA